AAGUCUGCGCCGCGCUCCUGCGUGUGUGAGGAAAGCGCUUUAGAUGUGAUUUUGCUGCACACGUUUGUGUCUUUUAGCAUUUAAUUCGUUUAAAUCAUCGUUAACCGCUUGGGGAAUUUAGUGUUUAAAUGUUUAAAGUAAAAAAAAAAAAACUUCGUGAUGAAUUAAUUAAUAAACGACUAAAUGUUACAUUUAUUUAACAUUAACAAGCAUUAUUUUGUGGCUACUUCACACCACCCCAUGAGUAACAGAAAAGGUGCGUCUCUUUUCUCUCCGUAAAUUAUUAAUCAGUUGGAAAAAAAAAGAAUUAUGAUACAGAGAAGUUUCUGGGGAAGCAAGUGAGAUCCAGAUGAAUUUCUAAAGAUGGCUUUAGUUAAGGAGGAGAACGAAGACAUUACAAUUGAAGAGGCAUUUAAAGUGAAACAAGAAGAAACGGAGGAACAAACAGGUCUGAUUUUAUUAAAAAAGGAAGCUCCAGAACUCAAUGGAAGGGAAGUGAAAGAUGAGAAACAUCACAAUCUCACAAAUGAAGAAACACAUUUUAGUUGCUCACAGACUGAAAAGACUUCCACACAAAAAACAGCUGAAAAGACCGGGUCUAGAAGCUAUUUCUCCUGCCAAGAGUGUGGAAAGAGUUUCAGUCAACAUAGAAACCUUGAAAUCCACAUGAGACUUCACACUGGAGAGAAACCUUUCAGCUGCCAAGAGUGUGGGAAGAAAUUCACUCAAAAAGGAAGCCUUAAAGUCCACAUGAGGAUUCACACCGGAGAGAGGCCUUACAUGUGCCUUCAGUGUGGAAAGAGUUUUACACACAGAGGAACCCUUAAUGCUCAUAUGAGAACUCAUCCUGGAAAAAACCCUUUCAGUUGCACAGUCUGUGAAAAGAGCUUUUCGCGAAAAGAGAGCCUUAAGACUCACAUGAGGAUUCACACUGGAGAGAGGCCGUUCGUAUGUGGCCAGUGUGGAAAGAGCUUCAGAUGUAAAAUAAGCCUUAAUUAUCACAUGAGGAUUCACUCGAGAGAGCACAGUUUUAAAUGUUAUCAGUGUGGAAUGAGUUUUACUGAUAAGAAUCACCUUAAGAAUCAUGUAAUAACUCACAGCGAAGGUAAGCCGUUCAUGUGCCAUCACUGUGGAAAGAAUUGCUCGAACAAAACAAGCCUUGAGGUUCACACAAGGGUUCACACUGGAGAGAGGCCUUUCACCUGCCCUCAGUGCGGGAAGAGUUUCACAGUUAAAGGAAACCUUCAGACUCACAUUCGGGUUCACACUGGAGAGAAACCAUUCACGUGUCCUCAGUGUGAGAGGAGAUUCACAUAUCAAAAGGACCUGAAGCGUCAUAUGCAGUCUCUUUCUUGCAAGAAACUGCAGAGUCCAGAGUGUGAAAAGAGGUUAAAACAAUGUAGCAAUUUUAAAAAUGAUCUGCAUAUUCACUCUGGAGGAAGGCAAUUUAAGUGUGAUCUUUGUAAUAAGAACUUUAUUUUGCCAUCACACUUAAAGAUGCACAUGAAAAGUCAUGGAUUUGUGAGACCGUAUUUUUGUUCUUUGUGUGGAAAAGGUUUUAAAUGGCUCGGCAGUUUGAAGUGGCACCAAAAAAUAUGCGUCUGUGCAAAAUUAAUUUUGAUUGUAUAGAGGCGUUGUUUAGAUUAUUGAUUCAGUUAAAUACCUCAGAAAAACACUAGAUGAACUCCCAUUUUGCUACAGAAUGCCACAUUGUAAAUUUACAUUUUUUAAAUAAAAUACAAGACACUUGAAAA